UCUUUUUCGGCACGGCCGCAUCUCGUUCACGGCCACUCCGCAAAACCUCGUCGCGGGUCUGGACUCCGGCCCAUCCGCCGCACCCCGCCCCCUACGCCGGCGAUCCGUACCGCCGCCCAAUGGCCGCCGUAGCAGCACCCCUCCCGUUCCUCACCACUGCCGCCAGCACCGCCACCCUCACCGCCAGGCCCCCACUUGCCUGCUUACGCACACUGCGGUCCACCCCAACCUGCUGUUCCUGCGUCGGCCGCGACGCUCCCCGCCCCGCUCCUGCUCUCGCGGUCGCUCCUCGCUGCGGUGGUGCUUGCAGGGCUCCAUCUCUUCUCCCUCACCGCGUGGCAGCCUCGCCCUCAACGGCGGCAGCGGCGGAAGGCAUGUCUGACCCGGAGCUGAGGCUGGUGCUCGAGCUCGCCACUGACGAGGAGCUGAUGGAGUUCGAGGAGAUUCUCUACGGCACCAGCUAUUUUAGUCCAUUGUUGAAAUCAAUUGCGAGAAGACCGAACUCAGAUUCUGCUGUUGUUUUGGAUGAUAUCGAGGAGAGAGAUCUUUUUAUCUCAAAAUUAGAGUCGAGGUUCCUGUAUCUUGCUGCAGAUGCCCGCUCCAUUAUAAGGGGGUGGAGGCCAUCUUACAGAGAUGUCUUGCUUGGAGUAAGGAAAAAACUUGGUGUUCAGUGCUCUAGCAAAUUGUCUACUGCAGACCUUGAGGCAGAAAUAUUUCUUUACCUUGUGGAUGAAUAUUCAAGCCAUCGGAAAGACCCUAAACAAAAAUCUCCAAACGAAAUCUCUGACCUUGGAGUAAACAAGUGGAAGGUGCUUACUGAUACGGCUUGGAGGAUUGGAGCAAAGGGACUGGAAAGUACCUUUUUAAAGGGUGGCAGUGCGUUGACUGUGAAAACAAUAUAUGAAUCGUUAGCCAGUAAACUAUCUGGAAAGCUGCUGAUGGAGGCUGCAAAUUAUGAGAUAAAGAAAGAACUUGUUAAGCAGGCAAGUAGUGAAGUUUUCCGUUUCCAGGGUGGGCGGUUGGCAGCUGUUAACCUGGAGUCUAGAGCUGGCUUGCUUGCAGCUAGGCAGGGUUUGGCUCGCGCAGCAUCAAGAUAUGUUGGACUUAGGAGUGUCAUGACAUUUAUUGGACCGAUAAUGUGGGGGACUCUCUUGGCUGAUAUUGUGAUUCAAAUGCUGGGAACGGAUUAUGCUAGGAUAGUGCAGGCAAUCUAUGCAUUUGCUCAGAUUCGUCUGACUCGGACAAGUUACAUAGAACCUCAUGAAGAAUGACCAAGUGCGAUCGUUACUGGACUAGCCUAACUGCCAUUCUGAUCUCUAGAAUAACCUAACCGUACAUUCUAACCAUGAAGAUCAUCACCCGCGGAUUUGGAUGCACUACUCUAUGGGACAAUGACUCAGUGAGAUUAGACUUUCAGACUGUGGAGGAGCACUGCUGCUCAUGGAAGUGCAUAAGACACAGAGUGAUGAUUACAAGACGUUGAUUCGCAGGGACAGAGCACAACAGGAAUAGUUUGUGCUACCUGAUAGGCUACUUCCUGAAUGCUGAACUAGAAUUUGAUGUAAAGCUAGCAGAAUUACCUAAUUAUGACAUGUAAAUAUAGUAGUGUUUUAACAAAGAGCUCCACAAUGACCAUUUGGGCGACCUACUCUCCGAACGCGGAAGUUGUGACUAAAUUUACUUCUUCACACUUCCACGGGGCCCCGAAGUUGUAGACCAUGCUUUCCGCUCUGCUCCAGUUGAAUAGUGUAAAAUAUUGGUCCCCUGAUCCUAAA